AUGUUACAGGCACUGUUGUCCAGUCAAAGGGAGGCAAUCCGACUGUACCACGGAAACCACUCGGGAAUCUUCGGCACUUUACGUUUUCUCAGUACGGUCUCGCACACCCACAUUCGUAGUUCACCCACUCUGCCUAUAGGCCUAGUCAGUCGAAGUCGGUGUAUCAAGGGAGUCUUACGUGUCAUCGUUAUUUCAACAACACGAGGUGUACACAACAUGAGUGUAAAAACAGCAGCAUAUGGAUCAUGGACAUCGCCCAUUACCAGCAAAAUUGUCACAGAGAGCACUGUCCAGCUCUUGGAAGUUCGGACAGACACCAAACAUCCAAAUGAUGUGUACUGGAUAGAGAUGCGCUAUGAUGAGGGUGGACGUUAUGUUAUCUGUAAACAGACUGUGGGCCAGGGUCAACCAGUAGCCCUGACACCUAACCAGUUCAAUGCCAGGACCCUGGUUCAUGAGUAUGGAGGUGGAGCAUUCUUCGUCAAUGAUGGUAAGGUUUAUUUUUCCAACUUCAAGGACCAGAGACUUUAUGUACAAAAGUCAGAAGAAGGAUCCAUUCCGGAGGCAAUUUCGCCAGAAGAUUGUGGCUGGAGAUAUGCUGAUGGGGAGCUGAAUGGAAAGACAGGUAAAAUUUUCUGUGUGAGAGAAGAACAUCAGAAGGAAGCCAAGGAACCAGUAAAUACUGUGAUAUCACUUGACCCCUCCACCCAACAGCAGACUGUUUUGGUUCAAGGGUCAGACUUUUAUAGCCAUCCGAGAGUGUCCCCCGAUGGAAAGACCCUGGCCUGGGUACAAUGGGACCACCCAAACAUGCCAUGGUACACCACUGAACUAUGGAUCGCUGACCUGAAUGAGGCUGGUGACGGGAUCAGUGGCGCUAGGAAGGUUGCCGGGGGUGAUGAUUCCAGUGUGAUUGAGCCUGGUUGGACCACAGAUAAUAGUUUACUGUACAUCAGCGACAAGUCUGAGUGGUGGAACUUGUACCAGAUGACCUCAGACGGGAAGCACAUCAACUUGUUACCACAGGACAAGGAGACUGGUGGGCCACACUGGGGAUUCAACUGUACAACUUACAGUGUGAACCCAUCAGGAAAUGGUCAGGUCGCUCUUAAGAUGGGUGGGGAUCUCGGAAUAUUUGAUCUGAAGACAAAAGAUUAUAAAGUGAUUGACACUGGCUUUGCAUCUUUCCGAUUCAUCAACAUCACUACUACUGGCGAUAUCUUUUGUUACGGAGGCAGUUCAACACGAUUUCCCUGCAUUAUCCACGUACAGCCCAGUAACAAUAAGGUAGAUGUUAUCAAAGAGUCCAAGAUAGUAUCCAUUGAUAAGGGCUAUUACAGCGUACCAGAGGAGAUUACCUGGCCCACUUCUAAGGGAGACAAAUCUUACGGCUUUCUGUACUUACCACAGAACAAAGAUUUUGUCGGUACAAAGGCUACCUUACCUCCCCUGCUUGUCAAGGCACAUGGUGGUCCUACUGCUCAGUCACCUAAUAAUCUAGACCUUAAGAUUCAGUACUUCACAAGUCGGGGAUUUGCCGUCCUGGAUGUCAACUACCGAGGCUCCACUGGCUAUGGCCGUACCUACAGACUGAAACUACUUAAAAAUUGGGGUGUGCUAGAUAUGGACGACUGUUGUAUGGGUGCUGAGUUCCUGGCGGAAUCAAAGAAAGUAGAUCCAGACAAGUUGUGUAUUGAUGGUGGAUCAGCAGGAGGUUAUACCACUCUGGCCUGCCUUACCUUCAGGAAAACCUUCAAAGCAGGUGCCAGUCACUAUGGGAUUUGUGAUUUGGAGGCUUUAGCACAAGACACACACAAGUUUGAGAGUAGGUACCUUGACUCUCUCAUCGCUCCAUACAGCGGAGAGGACAAUAUAAAGAUCUACAAAGAACGUUCUCCCAUCAACUAUGUGGACAACAUCGAAUGUCCUAUGGCCUUCUUCCAGGGAGACGAGGACAAGAUUGUCCCUCCUAAUCAAGCUCAAAUGAUGUUUGAUGCAGUCAAGAAAAAGGGUCUACCCACCAUGUUUGUCUUGUUUGAAGGGGAACAACAUGGCUUCAGAAAGUCAGAAAAUUUGCAGACAGCCCUGGAUGGAGAGCUAUAUUUCUUCUCUAAAGUGUUCGGCUUUGAAGCUGCUGGCAUAAUAUGUGAUAAAACCAUUCACAACAUGUGAGGAGAAGAAAUUCUGUGACAAAAGACAUUGAUUUUGAAAGAUGUUUCCAGGAUAUCCACCUUUAUUCAGUACCAAGUACCAAAGAGAGACUGUGCAGAAAUGCUAUAUAACAUAAAUGAAGAAUGUAUUCAUUAAGUCAUUGGCAUUUAGAGAGUUGUGUGUUUGUUUCUUACUUUUUAUAUUCAUUUAUUGCUAAAUUGAACAAGACUUUAGGUAUACAAUGUAUGUCAUAAGUUCAGGUUCAAUCACUAAUUGCUUGUUGUACAUUUUUAAUUUCUCCUAGAUUGAGCGAUCACUGCUGUAGAAUUUCUCCUAGAUGGAGCGAUCGCUGUUGUAGAGUCUAUCCUAGAGGGAGUGAUCGCUGUUGUAGGGUAUCUCCUAGAUGGAGCGAUCGCUGCUGUAGAGUCUCUCACUAGAUGGAGCUAUCGCCGCUGUAGAGUCUAUCCUAGAGGGAGCCAUCGCUGCUGUAGAGUCUCUCGUAGAUGGAGUGAUCUCUGCUAUAGAGUCUAUCCUAGAGGGAGCGAUCGCUGUUGUAGAGUCUAUCCUAGAGGGAGCGAUCACUGCUGUAGAGUAUAUCCUAGAGGGAGUGAUCACUGUUGUAGAGUCUAUCCUAGAGGGAGUGAUCGCUGUUGUAGAGUCUAUCCUAGAUGAAGUGAUCGCUGUUGUAGAGUAUAUCCUAGAUGAAGUGAUCGCUGUUGUAGAGUCUAUCCUAGAGGGAGUGAUCGCUGUUGUAGAGUCUAUCCUAGAUGGAGUGAUCGCUGUUGUAGAGUAUAUCCUAGAUUGAGCCAUCACUGUUGUAGAGUCUAUCCUAGAUGGAGUGAUCGCUGUUGUACAGUCUAUCCUAGAUGGAGCGAUCGCUGUUGUAGAGUCUAUCCUAGAGGGAGCGAUCUCUGCUAUAGAGUAUAUCCUAGAUGGAUCCAUCACUGUUGUAGAGUCUAUCCUAGAUGGAGUGAUCGCUGUUGUACAGUCUAUCCUAGAUGGAGCGAUCGCUGUUGUAGAGUCUAUCCUAGAGGGAGCGAUCUCUGCUAUAGAGUCUAUCCUAGAGGGAGUGAUCACUGCUGUAGAGUCUAUCCUAGAUGGAGCGAUCGCUGCUGUAGUCUCUCCCAGACGGAAUGACUCUGUAUAGUCUCCUGUAUUUUUCAGAAGAGUCUCUCCCCACAGGAAGUUAAAGUUGAGUUUUUCUUUAUAUAUAUAUAUUUAUUUCUCACCCCAGGGAGAUUUUUUUAAGUGCUACCCGCGUCCUAUGUUAUGGGACAUUGUAUGGUGUCUUGGAUUUAGUCUUGUAUGAAUUUAUGUCCACAAUCUUAAAAAUCUAUUUCACAUACAUGGAAAAUUGUAUCAAGACCUAAACUUUGACUAAGAGUUAUUGAACCCAUUCUGACCUGUAUUCCGACUUUGAAAGUAUUUUAAAUGAUGGCGAAAAAUCACAGCUGAUCAUUUGAUUUACCAAAUUUAGGUCACCUAAGACAAAGUCUUGAGUAACAUAUUGCGAUUGGACAGUUUCAAUAUCUGUUGAGUAUGUGCAAUCAACCACGACGGCUUUUGAUACAAUAGAGGACAGUGGUGUCCUGUAGCAUACUUUGCUUGUUUCGUACAAGUAAUAUAAUUAUCAGAGUUUGAUGGAACAGAAUUAGCCGAUAAUCAUUUUCCCUUCAUUGUCAUAUUUUCUGAUAGGUGGCGUUGUGGUCGAGUAGCGCAGGUGCUUGUGUAGGUGGUAUGCACUGUCUGGUCAUUCAGCGAUAGUCGCUCCUACAGGGCACAUGGGUUUUUGUUUUUGAUUUAAUAUAUAUAAAUCUAAAUAACAUUCAUUUAGGUGAUUGAUUGGAAAUUUACAAUUUAUAAAAUUUGUAUAGAAUGAGAUUAGAUGGGAUAUCAGAAAAGUGAGCUGUGCAAGUGAGUUGAUGACAUUGUACCUAUCAGUCGACAAUUAUGCACUCCUUAUCAAUAAAUACUAUUAUUGUUA